AUGCACCGACCACCAACAAUGGCGACAUUCACGGCGGCAAUUUUACUCCUCUCCGCCGUUCUCACAACCUCCACUGCACACAACAUCUCACACAUUCUCUCCCAAAACCCUGAGUUCUCCACCUUCAAUCACUACCUAACCCUAACACACCUCGCUUCCGAAAUCGACCGUCACACCACAAUCACCGUCCUCGCCGUCAAUAAUGCCGCCAUGGACGACCUCAUAGCAAAACACCUCUCGAUCUACACCGUGAAAAACAUCCUCUCCCUCCACGUCCUCGUCGACUACUUCGACGCCAAAAAGCUUCACCAAAUCACAAACGGAACCGCUCUUGUUUCCACAUUGUAUCAAGCCACAGGCUCCGCGCCGGGAGCCUCGGGACUAGUCAACAUUACCGAUCUUCGCGGUGGAAAAGUCGGAUUCGGCGCUAAUGUCAACGACGGAACCCUACCUGCUGUCUACGUCAAAUCCGUUGAAGAAAUUAAGUACAACAUUUCGGUUAUUCAGAUUAGUCAGAUUAUUCCCUCCGCGGAAGCGGAAGCUCCUACAGCAGCUCCUAGCAAACAAAAUCUCACCGCGAUUAUGUCCAAACACGGUUGCAAAAUCUUCGCCGACACUCUUUUUGCUUCGACUGAAGCUUAUAACAUUUUCACCGAUAAUCUCGACGGUGGAUUAACUAUUUUCUGUCCCGCCGACGACGCUUUCAAAGGCUUUCUUCCAAAGUUCAAAAACCUAACUGCCGCCGGUAAAAUCGCUCUCCUCGAAUUUCACGGCGUUCCGAUAUAUCAAUCUAUAGCCAGUCUUAAAUCUAACAAUGGAGAUGUGAACACUCUUGCUACCGACGGUGCUGAAAAGUACGAUUUCACCGUUCAGAACGACGGUGAUGAGAUCACAUUGAAGACAAAACUUGUAACUGCUAAGAUCACCAACACGAUCAUUGACGAGCAGCCGCUUGCGAUCUAUACUAUUUCUAAGGUUCUUCUACCAGAGGAGUUGUUUAAGAGUGAAGCUCCGAGUGCUUCUCCUGCUCCGGCACCGGCGCCGGAGUCUCCAGCUGCUGAUGCUCCAGCUCCUGAGGCGCAUAAGAAGAAGAAAAAGAAGGCUGCUGAUGCGCCAAAUGAUGAUUAUUCUGAUUCGCCUGCUGAUUCGCCGGGAGAUGCAGCUGAUGUUGAUGCCGACGAUAGCGCCGCCGGUAGGUUUCACGGUUUCGGAGUUUUGGUUUUGGCUUUGUUUUUCGGGAUUCUAAUGCUGUGA